AUGAAGAUCAACAGUGUUUUGGCCAUCCUCCCGGCCUUGGCCGCUGCUAUCCCGUCCUCGACCAAGGGAUGGAGUGCACACUCCAGCCCCAAAGCCGCCUACUUCCUGCGCGUUGACCCCGCAGGCAGUAGCGUUGUUGCCGUCGAAGUGGGCUCAAAUGGAAUGCUCACCGACACCACCGCUUCCUUCAGCACCGGUGGAGUGGGGCUGCAGACGCAGAAUUAUACCAACGGAUUGAAGCCGACUGCCAUUGACCCACUGCAAUCCCAGAACGCCGUGACGAUCGGGGAUCGGUUUCUUUUCACUGUCAACUCCGGUUCUGACACCUUGGUGAUGUUCAAGAUUGACCACAAAGAUCCUCUGAAGCUGAAGAUGGUGGGCAAGCCAGUACCCACCUACGGCGAAUUCCCCGUGUCGGUCGCGUAUUCCACGAAACAUAAGAAAGCUUGUGUGCUUAACGGUGGUGCCACGAACGGCGUGUCCUGCUAUUCCGUCUCACACAAACACGGCCUUGUCCCAGACGGCGUUGGCCUUCGCAGCUUCGGCUACAAUGCCACCACACCGGGCCAACUGGGCGGUUACAGCGGCUCAGGCUCCGACAUUCAAUUCGCCACCAAUUCCUCCAAGCUUGUGUCCACGUUCAAGGGAGCGGGGACCACCGGCCUCGGCCACAUCGACGUCUUCGACGUUGAUUCCAAUGGCGACAUCUCCAAGAACUACACAGACAACCAAAUCGCGCCGCUGGGUGGCGUCUUCGGCUUCUCUUGGAGCGGCUCUGAACCCGGCCACAUGUUCGUUUCGGAUGUCGCCUUUGCUGGCUCGCUGCUGUCCUUGGACUUCACCACCAACAAAUUCACCGAAAUCGCAACAUCCAACUCGUCGAAGUUCGCGGCGAGCUGCUGGACCGUCUGGUCUCCGACCACGGACCUCUACUACAACAUCAACGCUGGAUCCCCCUACAUCGGCGAGAUCGAUGCGGCCGGGAAGCUCGAGAACAUCAUUGAAUUCAAUUCCACUCUGGCAGGCGCCACGGACACUGCUGUAUAUGGCGCCACGGCAUACAUGUUGACUUUCCUCAAUGUGAUUAAUGUGAUGGAUCUCCAGAGCGGGAAGGCGCUUCAGAUGUAUGACUAUGGCACUGAGGAGGAUCGGCCAUACUGGACUGGUAUGGCGCUGUACCCUGCGAGUCCGCUGCUUGUCGGUGGCGUGUGA